AUGCCUCCUCCCCCGGUGACGCCGUCACCGCAUCGGUUCGUGAUCAAGCAAGAGCGUCGUCCUCCGUCUCGCAGCACCCCACUCCAGGAACACACCUCGCGUCCGAGCACCCAGCAAUUCAACCCAACACCGCGCUUUUCUUUCUCCUCAACUCCUCGUCCGACAGCAUCGCAGACGCUCCCCCGGAUCACACCAUCUGCGGCGCGGUAUUUCACGCCUGCAAACAAACCCUCCAAGCAGCAUGACGCGAUAGAACUAUCAUCCGACGACGAUGGAUUGCGAGAUGUCCAGGAAUCAAUUGAGACGGAGGAGCAGGAUGUAGAUCUGGAAGGCUACGACUCUGCCGAUUUGGACGAGGACUGUAAGCUAGACGAACCCAGUCCGAAGCGCAGGCGUCUAUCUACAUCUCCGGCCCAUGGAUUGGAGGAAUCGGAAGAGCAACCGCAAGAAUUAUCACAAGUCGAGAACCAUGAGUCUUCCCUCUCCUCGUCCCUGCCAAUGCUCUCCUCCCCUCCAGCUCCUCGGCGGCCGAUAUCUACCACCGCACCACGCUUCCUUCUAUCCACGCCUGCACCACAGUCAACGCCCCGGGACGCAACUCUAGCUCCCCAGACCGCAACCCCGUUCCUCAAACCACCCCGCUUCAGACCCCCGGAUCCGUCCGAGACAUCACAGAUGCAGACUGACCCUCUGCCCGAGCAAUUCUCGCCUCAUAGACGGGGGCAGAAAUAUGUUCCUGGUGGACUGGCGGCCGAAGUCAGGGACUGGCUCAUGAAUCUCGAGGGAGCGCUUGAAAGUACCAAGGAAAAGAGGGAUAAGAGUGAUGAGUGGUUGGUCAAGAUUUUGAUUCAUGAGGCUAGUGGGGGCUCAAGGGAGGGCUUCACGAUGGUCAAGGGAAGGCAAGCUCAUGAGACGGAACGAGGGGGAGAAAUGGCCGACACGAUCGGUAUUAUGAAGGUUAUGCUUGCUGGCGAAGGGCAAGCGACGGGUCUGCAGAAAAGUAGUAAUGCCGAGGUUGGGAAGACGGUUGGUAUCAAAGGCCCUGUCUGGGAGGUGGUGAUCGAGGGCGAGAAAUGGGGAAUAGGUGUUGACUGGAAGGUCUUGGCCUGA